CUCUCAUCACCUUUUCCUUUAACAGUUGUUCUGGAUCCCUUUUCAGAAGCUUCGCCUCCAAUUGCCUGGCCCUCCCACAUCACCACAGCACACCAUGGAAGCCGCCGCAGGCGUAGCCUACGCCGCCGAGAAUCUUCUCUCCGGCGCCGCAGCCCUCAUAAAGGGCGUAACACAUCCGGCUCUUCCGCUGAAAGCGCACCUCACGCACAUUACCUCCUGCCCGCUGCCGCGCGCUCAACACACCCUCUCCGUGGUCAAAGGCCGCGCCUACAUCUUCGGCGGCGAAAGCGAACCAGGGAAACUCGCUGACAAUGCCAUGCACAUUGUCAUUCUUCCCUCAAGCGGCGUCCUAGAAGCAGACUACACGUCUAUCGCCGCGAGACCGGAACAGCCGGACGGAGAGGUACCGGCGCCGCGUAAGGGACACACAAGUGUGGUUAUUGGGGAUAGUGUAUACAUCUUUGGUGGCGAGGGCGUGGAGAAUGAGAACGGGAGGGUUUGGAUAUUUCAUACGGUGAGGAAUUCGUGGACGUAUCUAGAUCCCGCACCGGAUACUCUGUACCCGAGCCAUUGUGCGGGGCAUGCGUGCGCGAGCUCAGAGUUCCCGGGCCCAAAGGACAUAACGUACAAGGAACGCGCACCGCAGCAGCCGGUCGACCCAGCGAAAAAUGUCCCAGAGCCCGCUGAUCCGGAUUCCUGGGGCACCCUCUUCGUCGUCGGCGGAAAGAAUCUGCAAACCGGGGAGCUAAUGAGCGAAUCACUAGCCUUCGACGUGCGGUCACGCACAUGGUCCAACAUCCCCACUCCCCCAGGCCUACCAUGCGAAGGCUCCAGCAUGGCGCUCGUAGGCAACAUCUUAUACCGCUUCGGAGGCAAAGCCGGCGAGGGAGAGAUCGCGGGCGCCGACCCCAUACGGUAUCUCGACGUGUCGCCCGUCUGGAAACACGCAGAGGGCGGCACUACGCCUUUGACCAGCGGCUGGGCUUGGGACGAGAUAUCGUCUUCGGCUGAUAGCUCGGCGAGGCAGGUACGCUCACAUGCUGGACUUGAAGGGGUGACGACAGGCCAGGGACGACACUACCUCCUUCUUGUGGGCGGCGAGGGCGAAAACUCGACGUAUUAUGACGACAUAUGGGCGUUGCAACUACAUCCCAAAAAGGCCAGCGCGGCUGCGACGAAAGAUAGCAUGAGGAGCAGAAUGAAGCGCGAUACGCAUGAGGAAGAGUGGGCGGAGGUGGGAUAUAAAUACGUGGAUGCGAAAGAUGACGAGGACAGGGAGGUGGGACUGCCAGAGAAGGGGCUUGGGAAGAGGAGUAGGUUUGCGGUGGCGAAGGGGACGGAGGUUGAUGGGGCGAGUGUGGUUGUUUGGGGUGGAGUGGAUGCGGAGGGGAAGGUAUUGAGAGAUGGGUGGCUUGUUACUGUGGAGUGGUAGGGAAGCUGCUCAUCGAGAGGAUACCUCCGUGCUAGGCCGUGGAACUCGACGAUAAGCGUUUAGGAUGGGAAAACAAUUAUGACGACCGUAGCAUUUAGCGUGAGGCUCGGGUAGGAAGACCAAAUCUACGGGUGCUCGAAACGAGGAAGACGGACACU